AUGAAUGGCUACAGGGAACCGGCGGAGAAGAUCGUGGCUCACGAGUUGGAUCACGGGCCGGAGGUCGUACCAGGACAGUACUGGCCCACGCCUGCCCACCACGGCAUCGAUGCCAGGCAGUAUAGCCAACAAGUUCCACCGGGUUCUGGUUCUGAUGUUCGGAGGAUAUUUGGAUUGCAUCGCUCGACAUUCUACCUCGCGCUGGUUCUUGCAGUGGUCAUCAUCGUGGGAUCGGUCGGCGGAGGUGUCGGUGGUUCGCUCGCGGUCAAGAACGCCCAGAGGGGCGCCCAGUCUGCACAACAGUCCCAAGCUACUCCUACUCCGACCCUAAGAGAGACCAAGAUAGCGACAAGCUCAGCAACGGGCUCAGCGUCAGGCUCAGCAAAAGCGUCAGCGACAGGCUCACCCACAACCACCACCCGAAUAUCGAUGCCCACGUCCGGACUGCUGGCGCUCGACUGUCCCAGUAUUUCAGGGACCACCGCUUCCAUCACGGCAGGCGGUCAGUUGUCAAGUUACGACCUCGACUGCGGGGUGGACAACAACGGCGACGGCAUCGACAUCAUCGCUGUCGUUUCGUGGUCGCUGGAAGAUUGUCUCAGGGCGUGCUCCUCGUUCAACGCGAACCGGAAGAGCGGGUCUGAGAGUUGUGCUGGGGUGCAGUUCCAUGCUGACAUUGUCGACUUGGUUUCGAGGUUCUCUGGGAACUGCUUUUUGAAGAAUACGGAGGGCCGCGCAGUGACGGAUACCAACUCGACGAACUUCAAUCUUCAUGUGUCGGCCAUGCUCUAUUCGUGA